AUGUCUACAACAGCAACUGAAAUAAGUCAUUCCAAUUGGUUUACACGAUCAAUAUUUCAUCAUAAUGAUACUUUAAUUGUACUUAGACUUCUACGUGAUCUACAGUACAAACAAACGCCUUUAUCUUGUCUAAAUAUUUGGUGUCUCAUAUUAAUUGUUCAUAAAUGUCAAAAUCAACCAGUAAACUCAAUAUUGACACUUUUUCCUGCUGUAUUUACUUAUAUGAGUAAUGAUAUUCUACUGUCGAAUGAAAUUACUUCAGAUUGA